UAAAUACAAAACAGUUGAUACGAAACAAGUUAUAAUAAGACAGAAAUUAUAGAAAAUAUACUUAUAAUACAAUUUAUUUACGCAAUACUGUUCGAAGAAACAUACAAUUAUGAGUGCACCAGCGAUAGGAAUAGAUCUCGGAACCACAUAUUCUUGUGUUGGGGUAUUCCAGCACGGGAAAGUGGAAAUCAUCGCAAAUGACCAGGGCAACAGGACCACACCUAGCUACGUCGCGUUCACAGACUCCGAGAGAUUAAUUGGUGAUGCAGCCAAGAAUCAAGCUGCGAUGAACCCGGCAAACACGGUCUUUGAUGCGAAACGACUGAUAGGUCGCAAGUUCGAUGAUCUGAGCGUUCAGAAUGAUGCCAAACACUGGCCGUUUAAGAUCGUCAACGAGGGAGGCAAACCGAAAAUCCGAGCGGAGUACAAGGGAGAAAAUAAAACUUUUGCACCGGAAGAGAUUAGUUCAAUGGUUCUGACAAAAAUGAAGGAAACUGCAGAAGCAUAUCUUGGUCAGAAAAUUAAAAACGCUGUUGUGACAGUACCAGCUUACUUCAAUGACGCUCAAAGACUUGCCACUAAAGAUGCCGGGGCAAUUGCUGGACUUAAUGUCAUGAGAAUUAUCAACGAGCCGACGGCCGCUGCUUUAGCGUAUGGACUUGAUAAAAACUUAAACGAUGAAAAGAAUGUGUUAAUAUUUGACCUGGGAGGAGGAACAUUUGAUGUGUCCAUUCUUACAAUUGAUGAAGGAUCUAUUUUCGAAGUGAGAUCUACGGCGGGAGAUACACAUCUUGGAGGUGAGGAUUUUGAUAACAGAAUGGUCAACCACUUUGUUGAGGAGUUUAAACGUAAAAAUAAAAAGGACAUUAGUAAAAAUUCACGAAGUUUGCGUCGAUUGAGGACGGCAUGUGAGCGAGCAAAGCGAACAUUGUCAAGCAGUGCCGAAGCAAAUAUCGAAAUUGACUCUCUGUUUGAAGGCAUUGACUUUUAUACAAAAAUAACGAGAGCAAGGUUCGAGGAAUUGUGUUCCGACCUGUUUCGAGCAACUAUGGAACCGGUAGAAAAAGCUCUCCGUGAUGCUAAGCUUGAUAAAUCUAAGAUACAUGAAGUUGUUCUUGUUGGUGGAUCAACAAGAAUUCCAAAGAUUCAGAAACUGUUACAGGACUUUAUGAAUGGUAAGGAACUGAACAAAUCUAUCAACCCUGACGAGGCUGUAGCAUACGGCGCUGCUGUCCAGGCAGCCAUAUUGUCUGGUGAUACAUCAGAAGCAAUCAAAGAUGUUCUUCUAGUCGAUGUUGCUCCUCUUUCACUUGGUAUUGAAACAGCAGGUGGUGUGAUGACGAAAAUCAUUGAACGAAAUACCAAAAUUCCGACAAAAGCGUCUCAGAUAUUUACAACAUAUUCUGACAAUCAACCAGCAGUCAGUAUUCAGGUGUUUGAAGGUGAAAGAGCGAUGACCAAAGACAACAAUUUACUAGGACGCUUUGACCUCACCGGAAUCCCACCAGCACCACGUGGAGUGCCACAAAUUGAGGUGACUUUUGAUAUUGACGCGAAUGGAACAUUGAAUGUUUCUGCUCAAGACAAGAGUAACAAUAAAAUGAACAAAAUUACGAUAAAGAAUGAGAGAGGUCGGCUUUCAAAAGAUGACAUUGACAGAAUGGUGAAUGAAGCAGAAAAAUAUCGUGAAGAGGACGAGAAACAAAGGCAGAGAGUGGAUGCACGAAAUAAACUAGAAGCAUAUGUGUUCAGUGUGAAACAGUCGGUAUCAGAAGUUUCAGACGAUAAAUUGUCGUCUGAUGAAAAAGAAACUGUAAAAAACACGUGCGAGGAAUGUGUAAAAUGGUUGGACAAUAAUACAACAGCCGAGAAAGAGGAGUUCGAAUACAAACUUGAGGAAAUCCAGAAGAAAAUAUCUCCAAUUAUGGUUAAACUUCACGGAGGAAAACAUCAAGGUCAACAACAGUAUGGGGGCUCACAGAACGCCGCAGCCGGACAUGGUGGACCAACUGUUGAGGAGGUCGAUUAAAUGAAUAAUUAUAUUUUAUAGACAUUUCCAUACAGUACUUUCUAGACAUUAUAUAAAUAUGUGAUGUUGUAAAAAUAGUAUUAUUCAAGUUCUGUUAUUUUCAAAUUAUAUCCUUAUAACAAGUAUAUAUACACAUGUAUGUACUUCAUUACAAAACUUGUAAACUAUUUACUUUACACUCAUCUAGAAAUUGGUGUAAGACAUUUUUCUUGAAUAAUUUUAAGUAUGAUAUAACAGGAGUUUGUAUUUUUAUUAGGUAAUUCGAUUUUUUAACUGAUCAAGAAAUGUUACCGAAUAAUUAACAUUAAUUAGCAUUGAGCUAUGUUGUGUUGAAACUACUAUUUUUUACCGUGAAUUUCGUGUGUUUUAAAUACUCUGUAUAUAAUAAUACAUGUAUAUAAAAUGUUAAAUGUUCCCUAGUUGCAUUUGUAAAGAUUGUUGAUUAUCGUUUUGUUGUUAACUUCUUUAUAAAAUAAAGAAAAAUAAAAU